GCAGCGGCUUUUUCACGCUCCGGCAGGCCGGCGUCUCUGGCCGCGCGCUGCUUCUGCAUGGUCGCGCUCGAUGGCCUCGUCCAGCGACGCUACCCUUGCGACGCAGGACUUUCGCACGCACACGUGCGGCGCGCUGCGCGAAGGCGACGUCGGCAGCAGCAUCAAGCUCUCCGGUUGGGUCGAUGCUGUGCGCGCGUUCGGGCCGCUCACGUUUGUGUCGCUUCGCGAUCGACAUGGCACGACGCAGCUCGUGUUCUCGGACGAACGCGUCGAGGCCGCUAACCAGCUCAAGCCCGAGUCAGUGAUCCGCGUCACCGGCGCCGUGCGCGAGCGCCCAGACAACAUGCGCAACGCCAACAUGGCCACGGGUGCGAUCGAGGUCGUCGUCGACAGCGUCGAGACGCUCAACACGUGCGCGCAGCUGCCCAUCCAGGUGAGCACGGGCUCGGACGUUGCGACGGAAGAGACGCGGCUGCGCCACCGAUACCUGGACCUGCGCCGCGCCUCAUUGCAGCAAAACCUCGCCGUUCGCUCCAAGGUGGCCAUGACAGCGCGCAACUACUUGUGCGACCAGGGUUUUCUCGAAAUCGAGACGCCGACGCUCUUCAAGAGCACGCCCGAAGGCGCCCGCGAGUUCCUCGUGCCCACGCGCACUAAGAACCAGUUUUACGCGCUCACGCAGAGCCCGCAGCAGUACAAGCAGCUGCUCAUGGUCGGCGGCUUGGACCGGUACUUUCAGCUCGCGCGCUGCUACCGUGACGAAGGCGGUCGGGCCGAUCGCCAGCCCGAGUUUACCCAGAUCGAUCUCGAAAUGUCGUUUGUCAACCAGCACGACAUCAUGGGCAUGAUCGAGGGCAUGGUCAAGCAGAUCUGGCACGGCGCCAACGCCUCGAUCGAUAUGGCGACGCCGUUCCCGAUCAUGAGCUUUGACGAGGCCAUGGACCGCUUUGGCGUCGAUAAGCCCGACACGCGUUACGGCCUCGAGAUGCACGACGUCCACGCGCACAUGCCCAAGGACGUCUUUGGCGACGCACCGGUAGUGCGCGCGAUCAACGUCAAGCAGCUCGGUCUGCACGGCUUCUCGCGCAAGGACAUUAGCGAGCUGGAAGCGCUCUCAAAGCGCCUCUCGGUCGAUGGCAAGGGCGCGUUUGUCGUCAAGGUCGACGAGGGCAAAGCGUGGAAGUCGUCGCUGGCCAAGAAGCUCUCGGACGACCAGCUGACAGCGCUCAACACGGCCUUGGACGUGGACGCGGGCGACGUGCUUCUUCUUGCGUCGGGCUCGUACGCCUCGGUCUGCACGCUUCUCGGACGCAUGCGUAUCCAGUGUGCGCAGAUGCUGUACGCCAAGGGGUUUCUCCAGAAGGAGCUCGACCCGUUCAACUACCACCACCUCUGGGUCGUGGACUUUCCCAUGUUUGAACUCGACGAAGGCGGGAACGGGCUCUCAGCGACGCACCAUCCGUUCACGGCGCCCCAGGCCGCGCACCUCCCGGCGCUGCAAGCGCUUCUGGCGACCAAGCACAAUGCGUGGGAAGACGACGCGAUGCAAGCCGCGCUCCUCAACAUCAAGGCGCAGCACUUUGACUUGGUCUGCAACGGCUGGGAGCUCGGCGGUGGCUCGAUCCGUCUUCACUCGAUGGACCUCCAGAAUGCUGUCCUGCAGCAAGUGCUCAACUUGCCCGAGGUGCAGAAGAAGAGCUUUGAGCACCUUCUAAACGCGCUUGGCCACGGCGCCCCGCCCCACGGUGGCAUUGCCUUGGGCCUCGACCGGCUGGUCGCGAUCCUCUGCGGCGCGUCGAGCUUGCGCGAUGUGAUUGCAUUUCCAAAGUCGACGACCGGCAACGAGCUCAUGACCGGAUCGCCCGGCCCCGUCACGCCCGAGCAGCUCCUCGAGUACCACAUUGCCGUGAACCAGGCGACGACCGCAUAGAGACGAUGAUACAAACACUACACGUGGCAACCAAAUGAGCGUGUAGCCGGCAGACGAACGACGAACUUUCGCUUGAACGUUGGUGUUGGAUGGUCCAAGGAUCGCGCGCUUCAACACCUAAAGUGUCCCACCCUACCGCUCCCCACGAGCCUGCAGUUCCCACCCGCAGCGCAUCCCGCGCCACCAGGUGCUGCCGGCCAUGGGCCCACCACAGCCCCCACCACAUUGCAUACUCGCGCGUAGGCGUUGAGGUCAUGCGCUCUGUUCCUGGCAGCGUCCUCGCACGUGGAUCACUACCGGAAGCCAGUUCCGCAUCAUCCUGCAAGCUGCCAGCUGGGCGUCAUGGGAUGGACGCCCAUCGCCAAGCGCCUCGCGUAGUCGUCCCACAUAGCAGUGUGUAUGGAGCUCGUACCUUGCAUCGUCUGCAUCAGUAGUAGCGCAUGAUCUUCCAUGCGUCGUCGUCCAUGCGUCUCCUGCAUGCAGCAUAUCUUGUGGCCAGGACAGCGCCAUCGUGCCAGCCUCUGAGCGGCCGCCACGAGGGCAUGACGCAAUCACAUAUCAACGGUUUCUUCUAUAUGUCUCAAAUGCC